GCGGCGUUGGCGUUCGGCAGGCAGGACCCGAGGGCGGCUGCUUCUCUUCUUCCACCCGCUUCUCCCCGGGCGCGGCGCGGGCGGCGGCGAUGGGCCUGGCCUCGCUCUUGCUGCUGCUGCUUCCCGGCGCGCUGCUGGGCCUGUGCUCCGCAUGGAGCGGCUGGGAGGAAAGUGCCUCGGGAGGCCGGCGCCACCCUCUGUCCUGGGAACUGCUGGAGGCGGAGGACCUGGCAUCGCUGGGCUCAGGGCUCGCGGGGGACCUGCUGGACGCGCAGCUGGAGCCGGAGUGCCGGGAGCUCUUGGCUGCCUUCGCCAACAGCAGCGCGACGCUGACGGGCUGCCUUGCGCGGAGCGCCCGGCCUGUGAGGCUCUGCCAGAACUGCUACCGCCAGUUCCGGGACGCCACGGAGCAGUACGAGAACAUCGCUCGGGCCGUCGGGAAUGCUACCAAGAGUAACCCUUGUGCCAAAAGUCUCUUGAUGUCGGAUAGACUGCAGAUAGUUGUGGUCCUGGAUAAGUUUUUUAAUGACACAUGGCAAAAAGCAAACUGUGCAAGUUGUUUAAAGAACAACAGUGAAGGCUUAUCCAAUAGUACAGAGAUGUUCCUGGCCUUAUUCAAUGAAACAUUGGCAUGCUUUGAACACAACCUCCAGCGGCAGGAGGACAAUGCACCAGCAGGUAACUACACAGAAGUAUGCAAGAAGUGCAAUGUCACGUAUGAAAAGUUAAAUGCCAUGUACAACACGAUGCAGGAGAGUGAGAAGAAAGGUGAAUCUGAAGAGCAGGCCCAUUUGUGCAUUGAUGUGGAAGAUGCAAUGAAUAUCACACGAAGGCUUUGGAGCAUGACUUUCAACUGCUCCGUCCCCUGCAGCGAUACAGUGCCAGUGAUUGCCGUUUCGUCGUUCAUUCUCUUUUUGCCAGUUGUUUUCUACCUCAGCAGCUUCCUUCACUCGAAGCAGAAAAAACGUAUCCUGUUUCUGCCCAAGCGGAUCCAGUCAAAUGCCAAUUUUGUGAACAUACAAGACAAAUGCAACUGAACCUGCAGAAUGCAGACUAGGAUGGAGUAUUUAUAUACUGAUCUGAAAGCGAUUCAUUCUGGUUUAGGCUUGUGCUGUGAGGUAACAAAGAAAACAACAUGCAACUCUCGGAUGGGUCCAUUAUUUGAAAAACAUUGGUGUGACACUGUAUGAUCUUCCUGCUAGAAACAGAUGCAUUUCCAGCUCCAUCUGCACUGUGCUUUCGAGUCAUUUGCUUUCUGAUGGGUAGCUUUGGAACACAUUCCUGUCCUUCACAUUGGAUUGAUAGCAAUCCAAUUUUAAUUCCCACGUAUGAUGACUUUACAGGUUCACAACCUUUGCUAUUAGUUAGUAACAUUCUUGCUUCUAAACACCAGUGUGUUUAUUAUUAUUUUUAAAGAAAGAUGAUGUCAGAAAAUGAAAUUAGAUCUACUGCCUUAACUGAUUAUGAUACUUUGCAACUUUCAGUUCUCAUAUGUCUUAGGUACGACCUCCUCAUCCCAAAUCCUUUUUUGAAAUGCUGCUUAGCUCAUUGACAUAGUUUAUACACUUUGAAAUACUAUGCUGUUGGCAACAUAGAUGUCAGAACUACUGAUCAUCUGAAUUAUGUAAUCUUUGUGGAAUUUCGCUAUGGCAGAAACCUUAUGUCUCAAUUACUGCUAUGGAUGGAGGGUCCCAAGCCCUUGAAUGCUGUACUUCAGAGAAUUGUAUUUACGUGAAUCGGGGUUGUUUGAGAGUAGUAAUGGUGGAAAUUGCACUAGCUGAGGCAUUGAUGCUAAACAGGGUUCAUUGCUUUGCUCACCACCAAACCCAGUGUUUCUAAAAAAAAGUCGCUGUAUAUUUAAAAGUACAUAGUAUAAAUAUAUUUCUUGGUACUACAGAGGUAUUUUGCUAUUUUUGUAUAUAUUGCCAUGGGGUAGUCGGAGUAAAGAAAAAUGAUUGGAGAUAAUGAGUGCUAGGCAACAAAUUAGUUGCCCUAGUGCAGGGAUUAGCCCUGUCACUGUGGGUUUUACCCUCUCCCCCCAUGCAGUUCCUAAAUCUGCUCCAGAGGGUUGGGGGAAACUCCUGGAACCUAUCUAAGGGAUGUGCUGGAGGAUGACUGGGACAACAUUCUGCUGCGCAAGGAGAAAUCCUUGUAGGAGUAGAACAAUCACCUUAGAACUGUGUUGCAUACAACCAUCUGAAUUGCUUAGCCUAGAACUUAAUACAGGCUUACAGCAGAGGUUUCCAAACUGUGUGUCGCGACAAGUUAGUGUGUCAGCUGCAGUGUGUAGUUGUGUCACACAGACGCUCCCCGCAUUCCUCCCAGGGAUGGAAAGGGCUGGUUUGCUAGUAAAACUGAAUUAUCAUGUCACGAAACUGUGCAUGUCUAAAAAGUAUAUCACCAACAUGAAAAAAAUUCCUUCCAGUAGCACCUUAGAGACCAACUAAGUUUGUCAUUGGUAUGAGCUUUCGUGUGCAUGCACACUUCUUCAGAUACAUUCUUCAGGUCUCUAAGGUGCUACUGGUCUCUAAGGUGCUACUGGAAGGAAUUUUUAAAAUUUGUUUCGACUACGGCAGACCAACACAGCUACCUACCUGUAACCAACAUGAAAAGUUUGGAAAGCUCUGGCUUGCAGCAUAAACAAGUUCACAUAUAUUUAUGGGAAGCAUUGGGUUUUUUUACACAGAUAUUUUAUGAAGAUUUCUGAAGUUGAUAGUAUUUUGUACCAAAUGAGGCACCAAUAUUUCUGUCAUUUUAACAAGGUAUAAGCAAACUAGGAUCUCUGAUUUUCAGGGUCUUAUAUUAAGGUAGAGCUUAUUGUUGUUGUUUUUCUUGAAACCACUAUUGGACUAAACAUGAAAGUGUGAAGCUUAGCAGCUUCUCUUCUCUCAUCCUUCACUUCCCCACCCUAUGGUUUCCUGUAGCUUCAAAAACAUUUAGAACAGAAGUAUGUUAUGAGGUAUUGCACUGUUUUUACAGAUAUAUAUGUAAUUCAGCCUUUUGGUGCAAUUUAAAGGUGAAGACUGGUGUGGGGUGGGAAUUUACCCUUUCCCCCUUUCUCCCUACUCCCCAUUAAAAAUCCUGCUUGUGCUAUUUACUUUUUCCAUAGUGGGAGUCAAGGCGGUUUUCCUCAAGGGGGGCUGGGAGGGUUGAUGCUGUUCUCCACUCCAGAAUUCCACUUCAGAGGGCAAAGAAAGGAAGAAUAAUGAAGCUGCACAUGACACGUAGUUCUAUCCUUGGAUUCAAAUGCUAAUUACACGAGGGAGUAAGUGGGACUGGCUUCCCACUGCUUGUGUUUGGAGUUUAUAUGAAUAUCACUGAAAUCUGGGUCAUCCUGGAUGUUGUGUGUGUGUGUGUGUGUGAACUGGAAUAAUUAGUGCUUAUUGUUGGGACAUAAGGUUGAAGACACUGAUACUUGGCAGUCAAAAAGUGCCACCCUGCAACCAACAUGGAAUAAAGUGGUAGAAUUCUGGACUCUUUCGCAGUUGUCUUUUAAAGAAAAAUGUCACAAGUGAAGCAACCGUGAGGCUUCUUUCGACCCCUCUAACAUAUUUUUGGAUUUCACUGUACAGUGGUGCCUCACUAGAUGAAUUUAAUUCGUUCCACGGGUCUAUUCUUAUAACGAAAAAUUUGUCUAACGAAUCCCAUAGGAAUGCAUUGAAUUUUUUUUU